GGUCAGAGGGAGUCAAGACAUGAGGAAAAAAAUGAAUAUGAGGGCAUUCCACAGCUUCGCCCUCAUCUAUGUACCUUACUUAUGCAAGACGCAGCAGCUAUUGUGAAAGAAAAGCGUUUGGCAUAGAAGAAAACUGUGGCGAAAGAGGCAGCGCAGCAGGGAGAGGAGGACAUUUGACAGAUUAAAAAGAGGGAGCUCUGCAGCAGGAUCUCCACCGUGCUGAAUACAUGACUGCGUGACUGGUCUGUGCAAGCAGAGGGAGAGAGGGAGGAGAGAAGGGAGGAAGGUAGGAAAGAAAGAAGGGGGAGGGGAGGCAAUUCAGCGCAGUGCAAGCUGACUGGAUGAGUAGCAGCCGCGGCACAGGCAGCAGCAUCAGCACCACUAGCUGUAGCAAUCUUUCUUUGUGGCUGCUGGAGGCUGUCUUGUGGCUGCCGUAGCAUCAACAUCAUCCACAUACACACCAAUAUCUGGACACAGACGUUCCCUCUGCUUGCCUUAUACACACACAUGUCGUGGUGGCCACCAGAGGAGAGGUAGUAACUGACGGGGCUCAGGGGACAGAGGGACACAGGAAGAGGAAACAGGGACGACCGGUGGUAGUGCAAACCAGAGGGGGGCUGGAGCAACGGUGACUGGAGCAGCGGCAGCAACAGUAGCAGCGGCACCAUGGCACAAGCCGCCAAGCAGCUCCGCAAGACCAAGGACCUUGCGGAGGCCGCCGCCCAGGAGCAGAGGGAGAAGGAGGAGGAAAAGAUAAAAAAGAGGAAUCGAUCCAGGGACCGCAGGCGCAAGGCCGAUGCAGCCACCAGCUUUCUGCGUGCAGCUCGUUCAGGGAACCUGGACAAGGCUCUGGACCACAUCAAGAAUGGAAUCAACAUCAACACAGCUAAUCAAAAUGGUCUCAACGGGUUACACCUGGCCUCUAAAGAAGGUCAUGUUAAAAUGGUCCUGGAGCUACUACACUCUGGCAUUGAGCUGGAAGCCACCACCAAGAAAGGGAACACAGCUCUCCAUAUUGCAGCACUGGCAGGGCAGGAGAAAGUGGUGGCGGAGCUCGUCAACUACGGUGCCAACUUAAAUGCCCAGUCACAUAAAGGGUUCAGCCCUCUCUACAUGGCAGCACAGGAAAAUCACUUAGAGGUGGUCAAGUUUCUGCUUGAGAACGGUGCCAAUCAGAGUCUCCCAACCGAGGAUGGCUUCACUCCCCUGGCAGUAGCCCUCCAGCAGGGCCACGAAAACGUCGUGGCACUGCUCAUCAACUAUGGCACCAAGGGCAAGGUCCGCCUCCCCGCACUGCACAUCGCUGCACGAAACGAUGACACACGCACCGCCGCAGUUCUUCUGCAAAACGACCCCAACGCUGAUGUUCUCAGCAAGACCGGUUUCACACCUCUCCAUAUUGCAGCCCACUAUGAGAAUAUGAGCGUAGCCCAGCUGCUGCUGAACAGAGGAGCCAAUGUAAACUUCACCCCCAAGAAUGGCAUCACGCCCCUUCAUAUAGCCUCCAGGAGGGGCAAUGUGAUGAUGGUCAGACUACUGCUGGACAGAGGUGCACAGAUCGAUGCCAAAACUAAGGAUGAGCUGACUCCUCUCCACUGUGCAGCCAGGAAUGGUCAUGUUCGCAUUAUUGAGAUCCUGCUGGAACACGGUGCUCCCAUCCAGGCUAAGACCAAGAACGGUCUGUCCCCCAUCCACAUGGCAGCUCAGGGGGAUCACAUGGACUGCGUCAGGCAGCUACUGCAGUACAAUGCUGAGAUUGAUGAUAUAACACUGGACCAUUUAACUCCUCUUCAUGUAGCAGCCCACUGUGGUCACCAUCGGAUGGCCAAAGUCCUACUGGACAAGGGAGCCAAAGCCAAUGCACGUGCUCUGAAUGGCUUCACACCUCUCCAUAUUGCUUGCAAGAAGAACCACAUGCGGUCCAUGGACCUGCUGCUUAAGCACUCCGCUUCCCUAGAAGCUGUCACAGAGUCUGGUCUCACUCCUCUUCAUGUAGCAGCAUUCAUGGGCCAUCUGAACAUAGUGAAGAACCUGCUUCAGAGAGGGGCUUCACCUAAUGCUUCCAAUGUGAAAGUGGAGACUCCCCUCCACAUGGCCUCCAGAGCAGGACACUGUGAAGUUGCUCAGUUCCUGCUGCAGAACGCAGCACAAGUGGACGCCAGGGCUAAGGAUGACCAGACACCCCUACACUGUGCGGCUCGUAUGGGCCACAAGGAGCUUGUCAAGCUGCUCCUUGAGCACAAGGCCAACCCAGACUCAGCUACAACUGCAGGCCACACACCUUUACACAUCUCUGCACGUGAAGGACAUAUCCACACUAUUCGAAUCUUGUUGGAUGCUGGGGCACAGCAGAUCAAGAUGACAAAGAAAGGCUUCACUCCCCUCCAUGUGGCCUGUAAAUAUGGGAAGGUGGACGUGGCUGAGCUCCUUCUGGAGCGAGGAGCCAACCCUAAUGCAGCUGGGAAGAACGGUUUGACACCCCUUCAUGUGGCCGUCCAUCACAACAACCUGGAUGUUGUUAAACUCCUGGUCAGCAAGGGAGGAUCUGCACACAGCACUGCCCGAAAUGGCUACACUGCCCUGCACAUAGCGGCCAAGCAGAACCAGAUGGAGGUGGCCAGUUGUCUGCUGCAGAAUGGGGCAACACCCAACGUUGAGUCCCUCCAAGGCAUCACGCCUCUGCACCUGGCUGCACAGGAAGGGCGGCCCGACAUUGUGGCCUUGCUCAUCUCCAAACAGGCCAAUGUGAAUCUGGGAAACAAGAAUGGAUUGACCCCUCUGCAUCUUGUGGCUCAAGAAGGUCACGUGGGAAUCGCAGACACAUUGGUCAAACAAGGAGCCUCCGUUUAUGCUGCUUCACGGAUGGGCUACACACCCCUUCAUGUGGCCUGUCACUAUGGCAACAUCAAGAUGGUGAAGUUCCUUCUGCAGCAGCAGGCUCAUGUGAAUAGCAAGACAAGGAUGGGCUACACCCCUCUGCACCAGGCAGCUCAGCAGGGCCAUACCGAUAUUGUCACCCUGUUGUUGAAACACGGAGCCCAGCCCAAUGAGAUUACCUCGAACGGGACUUCUCCCCUGGGUAUUGCUAAGCGGCUUGGUUACAUCUCUGUCAUUGAUGUGCUGAAACUGGUUACCGAGGAGUCGGUCUCUGCGAUCACUACAGAGAAGCAUCGGAUGAGUUUUCCUGAGACAGUGGAUGAGAUUUUGGAUGUUUCAGAGGAUGAAGGGGUUGCCCAGCUAACUUUAGGAGACGAGUUGCUCGGGAUGGAUGGAGCACGCUAUUUGAAGCUUGAUGACUUCAAGGACCAGGACGAUGACUUCCUCUCCCCAAAGAAAACACUUAGAGACUUUGAGGGUGGCAUGGGUACCACGCCAUAUUCUCCUGCUAUUCCCAGGAUCCCUUGUGUGUCCCCAGAGACUGUAUUACUGGAUCAGCACACCCCCAUCCCCUUGCCAAAGGAGUAUGACGAAGACUCUCUUAUCCCAAGCAGUCCGGCUACAGAGACUUCAGACAACGUCAGCCCUGUGGCCAGCCCCAUUCACACUGGCUUUCUGGUGAGUUUCAUGGUGGACGCUCGGGGAGGCUCCAUGCGAGGUAGCAGACACCACGGCCUGCGAGUUAUCAUUCCUCCUCGAACCUGCACUGCCCCAACACGCAUCACCUGCCGCCUGGUCAAACCUCAGAAACUGACCACGCCUCCUCCGCUGGUGGAGGGGGAGGGCCUUGCUAGCCGUAUCAUUUCCCUAGGGCCGUCCAGUAUGCAGUUCCUUGGGCCUGUAAUAGUGGAAAUCCCCCACUUUGCGUCACUAGGCCGAGGGGACCGGGAGCUCGUGGUCCUCCGCAGUGAAAAUGGCUCGGUCUGGAAGGAACAUCGCAAUCGCUAUGGUGACGAAGUGCUGGAAACCAUUCUGAAUGGCAUGGAUGAAGGUCAGUGUGAUGACUUGGAGAGUCAGGAUGAGCUGGAGAAGAAGAGAAUCCGUCGGAUCAUCUCGACAGACUUCCCCCUCUACUUCGCUGUGGUCUCCCGCAUUCAGCAAGAGAGCGAUCUGAUCGGCCCAGAAGGCGGCCGGCUGACCAGUAAGCUUGUGCCCCACGUCGAGGCCAUCUUCCCAGAGACGGCUGUCACCAAGAGAGUGAGACUGGGACUGCAGGCGCAGCCAAUCCCUGAUGAACUGCUGACUCGGCAUCUUGGUAACCAGGCGACCUUCAGCCCAGUGGUUACCAUCGAGCCACGCCGACGCAAAUUUCACCGUCCAAUCGGGUUGCGCAUCCCUUUGCCACCAUCCUGGAGGGAGAGUCCUCGGGAUGCUGGGGAGGGUGAUACCACCAGCCUGCGCCUCCUCUGCAGUGUCAUUGGUGGCACAGCACCAGCUCAGUGGGAGGAUAUCACUGGAACCACUAAGCUGAUGUACGCCAAGAACUGUGCCAACUUUACCACCAAUGUUUCUGCAAGAUUCUGGCUGGCGGACUGUCCACGCACGGCAGAGGCAGUGACCUUUGCCAAUUUGCUGUACCGGGAGCUGAUGUCUGUUCCAUAUAUGGCCAAGUUUGUUAUUUUUGCCAAGAUGAAUGAGGCGCGCGAGGGACGCUUGCGUUGUUACUGCAUGACAGACGACAAGAUGGACAAAACACUGGAGCUGCAUGAAAACUUCACUGAAGUGGCCCGCAGUCGAGACAUUGAGCUGAUGGAGGGCAUGCCGCUGCAUCUUGAGUGUUCUGGGAACCUUGUACCCAUCAGGAAGGCCACUCAGCAGCCUCGCAGCUUCAGCUUCCAGGCCUUCAGAGAUAACAGGCUGCCUGUCUCUGUCAAGGUCAGAGAUAGUAACAAGGAAGCUGCUGGGUUUUUGUCCUUUCUGCGGAAAUGCACCAAGUACGAGGACACACAGCAUGUACUGUGUAACCUUAACAUAACCAUGCCACCAUGUGUCAAGGUUGUCGGGAGUGAGGAGCGCAGGCGAACUUUAACCCCCCUCGCCCUGAGGGAACGCUACAGUGCAUUGAACGAGCCUGGUGUGGCCACAGUGAAUGCCAUGGAGAGGACUGAGAUCAAGAUCAACAUCAUAUCUGAACAGCUGGGUUUGAGCUGGGCAGAGCUGGCACGUGAGCUUCAGUUCGGCGUGGACGACAUCAAUAGGAUCCGUGUGGAGAAUCCCAACUCUCUGCUGGACCAAAGCUCUGCUCUGCUCAGCCUGUGGGCCAGCAGAGAAGGCAGAAGAGCCAAGAUGGAGAGCCUGUACACCGCUCUGAAAAACAUUGAUCGUGCAGACAUUGUGACCUCUCUGGAGGGUCAGGCUCCACAGCUGGCACCUGGGUCUUUAGAGGAGGGCGCCUGUCGUCUUAGCGACCGCGACUCCUCCCUGCUGUCCCCCAGUGUCCUCAAUGAGGCCACGGACACAAGGCCACCACGCCUAGUGCACAAGCCACGAGUUAUUAGACCCCCGUUUUUCAGAAGGGGUUAUGGGCUGGUGCAGGAGGAGCUGCUGUCCCCGGCCUCAAUGCAGUACAGCUUGCCCUCUCCGCUUGGUGCGGAGCCCUACUGGCAGGAAGUUUCCAGCCUCGAGUGCGCCCCCAUCGCCACCACCGAGGAAGAUACAUUAAUGGAGAUGUCGGACGUUCAGGUGUGGCCAGCAGGGGUCAGUCCCUCGCUGGUUACAGUGGAGGACUCGUCACUCGAUGGCAGCAGUCGGGCUGACGACUCAGAGGGCGCCACGCUCUCCCUUCCCUGCAGCUUGGGUCGCCCAAGCAGUGGGGCCAGCGGGGCCAGCGGCUCCAUCAUGGAGCUGGAGGAAGAGGAAGAGGAGGAGGAGGAGGAAGGGGAGGUUGAGGAGGAGGAGGCACCACAGGAGCCAGCAGCUGCACUGGCAGACAGGGACAGGGUGAGGGCCAGUGGUGCCGUCCCCAAGGUCAACCUAAACGGCCAGAUGGGAGGUCAGAGGUCGGAUGGGAGGAGAGGGGAGGCCCUCGCAGCAGGAGGAGGGGCAAAAGGGGGAGGUGGAGGUGUAGGGCUGGGUUCAGUGGAAGGGAUUUCUGUUGUUGCAGGCCAGCAGGUGUAUGCCCAGCGGUGUGAGAUGUCGGGACUGAGUCGGGCUUCGGAGCACAAUGGAGAUAACCGAGUGGUGGGAGGCGGAGCAUUUCAACCCUACUUACCAGACAAGGACUCCCUGCAGGGCUGGGUGGGCUCGGUGUCAUCAGGACGUGACGUGCCAGGCUUGCGCGUGGCCCAGGAGGCUCUGCUGACACCGAGAGAGGAGAAAGAGGACUAUGCUGCUGAGGCGCAGUAUGUUUCUGAACACGCAAACGUGCUUGCUCGAAAGGACCGGAAAGCCACUGCCAAAUCAUCCUCCACAAAAACACAACCAGACCGCAGAGGAAAAUGAGCAAGGGAGGAGAGUAAGAGUAAGACAAAGACUAAGAAGUACAAACUACAAAAUGACAAACACAGAAUCAUCCUCAACGUGUGACCAUGGAGCACCACAAAAGAAAAAAGAGACAGAGGAGGAAAAAAAGAGGAGUUCAACUUGUAGUUUUAUAACAUUUGUAAAGAAAAAUAUCAACUAGACUAAGGCAUGAUGAUUCUUUUUUUUCCCUUUUUUUUUACAUAAAUGUCAGUAAAACAACCAAGAAAAAAAAAAGCAACAAAAAGUGCUUCCUGUGAACUGUAAUCGCAUGAUGACUGCUGGUGCAUGCCCUUUGACCUUUUGAACUGUCAUUAUCUACAAACUGAAGGGGUACAAGGUCCGGGGCUGGCCCACGCUUGGGCCGCAGGCCAUUUUAAGGACCUUACCCCCCCCCCCAACUCGAGUGACAAGCAAGUUGAGUCCAAUAACACUACAGCCAAAAAAAAAAAAAAGUCCCUCAAAGGAUGGAUCUGUAUACAGCUAAGCCUCUGCUGAGCCUACCAAUGCUUCUUUCACUAGACCCUUUCCCCUAUUAUUCUCAAUGUGAUAUAUGCACUCUAUGCUAAGUGGACAUGUGUCAGUGUGUGUAUGUGUGCGUAUGUGUGCGUGUAUUCUUCUCUACCGCAUGUGUUUUCUUGCUUCUGGCUUGGUGCUGAGCCCCGCCUCAUGAUUGGCUCGCUGCCCCUGUGAUGUCAUGGCGCACUCAGUGCUGGAAUGAGAAAGCCGCUGUGCUCCCCUUGCUCGUGAGUGUUCCCGUCUGCGUGUGCUGGCGUCUUUUCCUUUGUGGAUGAAGCUCUUGUUGUUCUCCGUUCCUUUUGAAACCUGUCCACCUUGGUUUUUAAGCAUUGUCUAACUUCGGUAGGGAGCUGAGGCUCUUUCACCCCUCGUGUUUUCAGGUGAAACGUGUUUUCCAGACAACGGUGAAUGUUUUCUUUGGAAAGGGGUUGGUUGCUUUAUUGCAUUGUGCAGCAGCUCUACAACACAAAGAUCGCCGUUUUCCUCUCUCGUUACCUUUUCUACCUUCUUCUGUCAUUUCUCCCAGUAGCGCAGGUCAUCUUGAUUCUCAACCUUUAUCAGUAGCCUCAGUCAAUAUGCAGUAAAAUCACAGGCCUCUCCAUCAGCAUCUAUAGCUCCUCCAUCUUUGCGUGUGCUCCCUCUUUACCUAUUUGCAAAGGCUGUAGGGCCUCGCUGUUGAAUUUUGGUUCAUUCAUUUGAAACAGUGAAUGAAGGAGAGAAAUCAUGGAGGAUCUGAUUCUUGUAAGGAUGUAAUGAUUUGGAGGAUUUCUAGCAAGCGUAAAAUAGCGUGAUGCUCCUAUAACACGUGAUAGGAACUGUGCAGCAAGGACAGACAGGUAGCACUGUGAUUGUCUUAUUAACACUGACCCCAGACUCGUGAACUGUGAAGACACACAAACAUUCAUAUAUACAAACAAAAGCACACCCACACACACAUACAUACUCACACACAUAUUCAGAAACACAUUACAUCAUUAAAUAUUGCCUGGUCAGAGUGUUGGAUAGUUUUUUGGGAGUUUGCUACAGCAAUAACACAACAAGAGCACAGAAGAUGGGAGCCAGGGUUCUGUAUAUCUACAUGAAGGAUCUGAAACUGAAAGGUGUGACUGACUGAACUCCUCAGUGAAGACAGAAACUCCAUGUGGACGAACAGCAGUCGUGUUUGACGUUGGGAAGCUGUGCCGUUUCUGACCGGUUCCGUCGACUUUGAUGGGAAAUGAGUCAGAGAGGAUGCACUGAUGCAAGAUCAGAUGACUCAGCUGUAGCAGUGCGGGGCUGCGGAGGCCUGAGAGGGAUUAUUUGUUUUCAGCACUUAACGUAGCAAAAUAUAAACCAGGAUAUGUAAACUUAAUACACUGAUACCUAUUGAGGAGUUUGCUGCUGCCGUAAGGUAGAAACCACCGAACUCCACUUUCUUUUUCUGGUCUUUUUCUGAGUAAUUUAAGUUGUAGUUGUAAGUGUUUCCCAAUUUAAAAAAAAAACAAAACACAUCACUGUAAACCACCUUUUGUUCCCUUCAUCUCUGAAACACUUACUUUAUGCAGAAACCUGACGGCAGCACUAUGAAAGGGUCAUAUAUCAUAGUAGCACACAUUUCCUGGGAAUCAAAACAUAAUAUUUAAGUACUGUAAAUGCUACUGUAGCCUGAAUGGGUGAGACACUGAAUGAAUGAACACAUUAGUUACACAUCACACAAAUGCACAUAUUUUCCAUGCCCAGUCCGCGCACAUGAGAGCCUCAUCCGAUAUAGCACACAUUUUUAAUUACAUAUCACAUGUUUUCCACUGUUACUCCACUCAGGUUUUCAGUUCUGCUCUGUCAGAAUCAAAAAAAAUGUUUUCGUUUUUAAGUUCUGAGUCCUCCUCUCAAAAGACGAGUGCGGGACACAAAGUGAGUGCUUCAGAAGGAGACUUUGGUGUUGGGGCCAUUUAGGGAGGGAUUGGGGAUGCGCAGGAGGGGGGGUUUUGGUGGGACGUAUGAAGCAGGAUGGUAAGUGUGUGUGUGUGUAUGUGUGUGUGUGUGUGUGUGUGUGUGUGUGUGUGUGUGUGUGUGUGUGUGUGUGUGUGUGUGUGGUGGGGAGCUCUUUGAUUCAGAUAAGACCAAAAAGGACACAGAGUAUUGAGUAUGUGGUCAGUAACCACUCAGCUCUUUGCUUCCCUCUGCUGCUCAGCUCCUGGGGAGGCAAAGUGACAGCUGACGUCUCUGUUGGUUGUGUUUAUCCCAAUUCAUUUUCAGCAGUUGUUAACAAAACUUAGCCAGACAGGUUUGGGUGAAGUGUUACUCCCUUUACAAAUAAGUACACCAAGUUAAUCAAGACAAUUAAAUUCAUGUAAAACGUGAAUUGUUUGCAGUUUCCUGCGGGCUGCUAGACCAAACAUAGUCCUUACAGUGUUUUAUUUGCGUUCCAUUUUUUAACCUGUUCUUAUAAAGUCAAGGCUUUAAUGCUGAGCCUUGAAUUCAACUACCAGAGGACAAAGACACCCUCUCUUUAUAUUUACAGUGUCUAAACUCUUGACUGGCAUGACUGAUGCAGCUGACAGCUUUUGAAUGAUGGAUGCCUGUGACUCCCUCAGUCUCUAAAGUGACUCGCUCUUUCAGAUUCUAUUAGUCUCUAUAUGCCAUCUUGUACUGUAUCAGCACAAGAAAGAAGUUGGAUUUAGGCCUUGUAAAGAAAAUAUAUGACUUCAUCAUGUGUUAAAGUCAUAAUCCUUAAGAUUUCAACACAUCAAACCCUAUUUUUGACAUUUUUUAUGGUAUUUUCUCAGCGACAUUCAGUGUAUUUGCAAGGGGAAUUGCCCCUCUGCUGUAUAUACAGUUUUAGUUUUCAUUGUUAGCGGUGGAGUCCGUUUUUCCCGCAUGGUAUUAAAAUUACAUAGCCAUGCAAAAAGUAUUCACAGGAGACGAUGCUUCCAUCUGCUGGACAUGAUGCAGAAGACAAAAACCAGUGCAUGGACAUAUCUCGAGUAAUUUGCAAGACAACGUUCAAUCAGUGUUGGCAAGCACCGACACUGAUGACUGCUUUCUGUGGUCUUCGCAGUUAAUCUUUUUUAUUAAUCUCAGCAUACGGUUCAUUUGGUUGCACUGUAAAUAGCCACACGAGUUGCUCUUUGUCAUUUCUGACAAAGCAGCCACCAAGGCAGUUGCUACCAUUAAGUGUGUGUGUAGAGAAAGCUUUUUAAUUAAAUGUGAGAAAAAUCAUUUCUUUGCUGGAUAAUCAAAAAUGUAUUAUAUGGUAGGGUUUCAUUGGGGAAGAUAGUGACCUCUGUAUUUAUAAAACCCUGACUAUGGCCCCUGGGAGCCUCUUAGAGUGUGUUUAGCACCAGGAACAGGUGUCACCACAUCAACCAAAACUAAAAUCUUAAGGAUUAUAACAUUUACUUUGAGUUAUUAUCCCUUUGUUUAGCUUACAGUUCAAAGACCAGACCACGUGAUCCGUUUUAAAUCCAGAGGAAAUGUACAUUUAGUCACUUAGUGAAAGUAUUUAUUUAACUGGAAUUUGUCAGUGAGCCUCUGCACUAUGAUGAAUUCAACUCCACCAUGUGUUUGUUGUGUGUGUGUGUGUGUGUGUGUGUGUGUGUGUGUGUGUGUGUGUGUGUGUAGAGAGAGAGAGAGAUAGUGCUUGUUGGAUCGGGGGAAGAGAAAACGUUUUUAUUGGGCUUGUGACUUGAGAGGACGUGUAACCAACGACGAUGUAUUUAAAAAAAAAAGAGUAUUGUAAAAUUUUAACUGUUGCAAAGAAUAGAGAUCACCUAUACUCCUUUAGAAUGGAUACAUGACAAUGUAAACGCAAUAUCAUAUUACUCUAUCCUAAGGAAUGCAACUGCGCACAUGCACAAAAAAAGAUGUUUUUAUGAAAAUAUAUGUAUAAAUAUAUGACAAAAUAUAUUUAAUUAGAAUGCUAUGCACCCUCAUAGAGUUGUUAUGGAUGUUCUUUAAGCAUUAUCUAGACUAGGCCAACGCCCACAUCAUGGGGAAUGUAGAGGCUUUGUAGCUAUGACCACUUGUUUUCUUUUCUUUUGUAUUGUCCUUGAGAGAGGAUAAACAAACGUGAAUAUGUAUACAAGCCUUUCAAUCAGAAUCAUUCUGACAUGAAGAUAUGUAUAGAUCAUCUUACCCUGUACACCAGCUCAAACCAUUUACAAGAGUUAAUAAACAAAGAUGUGACAUAAA